GCCAAUAGAUUCCAUUGAUGAUUUCUUGGAGUCACUGGUCAAUUCAACAAAUGCGGCGGAUGAGUCCAUCCAACCCAUGGGCAUAGACAUGAUCCUGGCUGCACUUGCUAUGCGCAUCAGAUGUUGGGGCCCAGAGGAACUCAAAGGAAAGACUAUUGACCUGAGAAAGGCCAACAAGAACUUGCCCUUGUCUGGCAGUGCGCUGAACGAUGCGCAUAUUUGCGUGGUGAACACAAUGGAGCCACGAGCCUUCCAGGGCCAGGUCCUGCCCUUUGGUGCUCGGGCGGCAGUCAUGGGAUUUUGCAGAGAGCGCAUUGUGCUGGGUGGCCCCAGGACAAUCCUGGCAGAGACAGUUGCCCUCCUCAAUCCAAAUGGAAAGAAGACCAUCAUCUUUGAGCUAGAAGCCUUGGCAGUGUUUGUGGCUUGCUUGACAUUGCUCCCGACGGAGGGAAUCUUCCAAAACGAUCGAGUUGUCAUAUUUGUGGACAACGAAGCUGUUCUUGCCCGCCUCGUGUCUGGCCGUGGUGGUGGAGAAAUUGGCAACUUGAUUUUUAGUGGUGUAAUGAACUGGGAGUGUGAAGCGAAUGUGCUGGCGUGGUACGAGAGGGUGCCCAGUUCGGCCAACAUAGCAGAUGCCCCAUCUCGUGGUGAUGUUUCUGGUUUAGACCCCUCGCUAGCGAUAGAUGUACUGCAAUCUCUUUUGGAGGUGUGUCCCUCUGAUGUGAAAGGGGAGGUGCAGAGCGACGAAUCCUCCAGUGUGAAAAAGUAG